AUGGACGCGAUAACAGUUUUCGAGUUGAUUUACUGGCUGAUCUGCAUGAUUCUAUUUGGACCAUUGAUGUUCUUUGUCUGCGUUUAUCUACCCGAGCUGCCAGUGCGAUAUGUGAAGAGCUUGAGACAGCAAACAUAGGUCUUUUUACACCCUACUUAAUUGUUUAUACAUACAUACAUAGACUAUAUAUAUACAUAUAUAUAUAUAUUGAAAAUACUUAUAUUUAUACUGAUGUACUCGUAUAAUCAAUAUAACAUCAAGCUCUACGUUACAAUAAAAUCAUUGAUGUGGAA